UUGUUUUUAUAAGAAAAGAAAAACAGUUUUAUAAUAAAUUUAAUUAACUAUUUACUUAAGACAACAACACAAUGGCUUAUGAUUUAAAAAAGGAAUCAGAUGUCAAAGAAUACAUAGACAAAUUGGGUGUCGAAUAUCGUUUUGGCUGCUACUCGGAAAAGAAACCAGAAGUUUGUCAUCUGUUGGGCGAUUAUUUGGAGGGCAUUAAGAAAGAUUUCGAAAAGGCCUCAAAGGUUUACAAAUCGACAUGUGACGAUUAUGGUUACGCAAAAUCCUGCUUCAAAUUCGGCAACUAUAGUUUCUUGGGCAAGGGUAAAAGUGGCAGCAAGGGUGAUCCAAGAGCCGCCUAUAGUUAUUACGAAAAGGGCUGUAAUUUAAAUGAUUCCGAUUCGUGUCUGCAUUCGGGUUUGUUGUUGGUGUCUCGUUCAAUGCCCAAGGAAAUUGAUCGGGAUGUAAAGAAGGGUCUUGAGUUCCUGACCAAAUCCUGUGACAUGAACAAUGCCACUGCCUGUUUCUAUUUGUCGGGCAUGCACAUCUCAGGCGUCCAGAAGAAGCCCGAAGAAAGCCUACCCACACAAACGCCAGCUAAAGAUUCCGAGUUCAUUGUACACAAGGACAUGAAAAAAGCCUUUGAAUUUGCCUACAAAGCCUGUGAACUGCGCAACAUGUAUGCUUGUGCAAAUCUAAGCCAGAUGUAUGCACGAGGCGAUGGCACAGAUAAAAAUGAAAAGGAAGCAGAUAAAUACAAGAAAAUGGCCAUGGAAAUGCAAGAUGAAAUUAAGAAACAACAGCAAACUUUACAAUUCCAACAGGGUAUAAAAAAUCCCCAUUAAUCCAAAAGGAAACAAACCAAAAUAUCUUUCUACAUACAACAACUAUAAAGCCACCAACACCAGCUCUUUAAAUGUAUUAAAAUUUACAUAAAUUUUCUUUUUAUCACCAGUUUUAAACAGAACACAACUGUUUAGCAUCUUUGUAAUAUGACAUUCUAAAGCCUUUUUAGAUGUAUGUAAAUAUCCUUAUAUAUUUUCCUGGUCUUUCCUUAGUAGUUUUAGCCGGCCCAUUAAUUGAUGUGACGACAACUGUUUUUAUGUUGUCUUUUUAAAUUUAACCAGACAAAUUUAGUUUGAUUUAUAACAUUUUCUAUAUUAAUCUGUUUAAGUUAAAGUUAAUUUUUAAUGGAAAAAAUAUCAGUUUUGUGUAUUUUAUUUCGUUUUGCCAAAUAGUGUAAAAUGGAUAUUUUUUUGAAAAUAAAUUUAGUUACAAUUUUAAAAA